AUGACCCAAAGCCUCUGGAGCAAAGGCCUGUGCUCACCCAGCAGCAUCUGCCUCGAUGGCUGCACACCAGAGCAUCUCGCCUCUGUCCAUCUUCCACCGGCGUCUUCAGAUUCAGACAUGCAAACUCUGCCGGACAGGCCGUUUCACAGCAACGGCUCGACUCUGCAGUGCUCCAGCCUUGGGUAUCUGUCCUGGAGGAGACACGCGUCUCGGGCAGCUGCCCACUGCGCGCACCACGACCGGGCAAAGCGCGCCAGGGUGGAGAACAUCAUCAAAGGUAUGACCUGCCCAGAUGUGGCGGCAAACGAGCACGUUGACACCGAGCACGGGCUGGAGGACGAUGCCGAGGAAGAAGUGGCUCUACGUGAGAAACACGUGGAGAGAAGUGGACCCCAGAUAGCGAACCAAAGCCAGAUGACAGGACCGCUGCUGCAGAGGCAUCACCAGCACCUCUGGGCCGGGUUCUGCCCCGUGGACGGAACAGCUGGAAGCUGGGAGGGAGGAAAAUACUCCAGCUGCAGCGAUUCUCCCGAAGCUUCACCGGGAUGGAGGAUGGUGACGCCGGACAACCACUUUCGACGCGAACCGGAGCGGAUAAAGAUGAUGGCAGAUAUUCUAAAAUACGAGCUGUCCAGAGCUGUGAGCAGGAGCGUCGACUCCAUUUUCAGAAGCAUGCCGCUCCUCCAGACGCCACCGGAUGACCCCGAGGGUCCAGUGACCUGUGGACCCCUCCGGUCAGCGGCUGGCGUGGACAACGCGCCUGACUCGUCCGGCUGUGGGACGGAGAGGCUGCGCGUUCCCGAUGUCCAGACAGAGGCUCUGUCGCUGGUUGUCCAAAAGCCUCGACCGGACAGGUCCAACGAGACUGUCCCCCAGUCCAGGUGGACGCCCCCCCUCCUCUUCGGCCACGAGGAUCGGGCUCAGGAGAGGAAACCCGGCGGCCCUGACCAGCAGCCUGCGGGGGGAUGUCCGCAGGAGGGACGCGGCCAGGCGGGGCAGAGCAGCUCUGGCGCACGCUGGAAUUCUCUCCAAGUCAAAUCCAAGGUGACGUCCAGGCCCGUGAGGAGCCCGCAGAGCCGCACCGUGCCGGGGGGGCUGCCGGGGGGCCUGUGCCCCCCUCAGGUGAAGAGCGAGCCCGACGGCCUGAUGACCAAAAACAGCCUGUACAUGCUGAAUGUAUCCUUCGGAGAAGAGGGUCUGAGCACAAAUCACCUGAAGAAAGCAAAGCUCAUGUUCUUCUACACGCGCUACCCGAGCUCCCUGGUGCUGAGGAUGUGCUUCCAAGACGUGCAGUUCACGCGCUGCAUCACCUCCCAGCUCAUCAAGUGGUUCAGCAACUUCAGAGAGUUUUACUACAUCCAGAUGGAGAAGUUCGCCCGCAGCGCGGUCCUGGGGGGCAGCCCUGUCCUGGGGGUCAGCGCUGACCGGCCGGACCUGUCUGUGGGCAGAGAGUCAGAGCUGUUCAGGGCUCUCAACCUGCAUUACAACAAAGCCAACGACUUCCAGGUCCCUGACAGGUUCCUAGAGGUGGCUGAGAUCACACUCAGAGAGUUCUACGUGGCCAUUUCAAUGGGCAGAGAUCGAGAUCCGUCCUGGAAGAAAGCAAUCUACAAGGUGAUCUGCAAACUGGACAGUGACGUACCCGCUGAGUUUAACAGACAAGCUUGUGGAUAA